CUCAGAAUCUACUCUAAAUAGAUCGGCCACCAAGGGAUCUUCCAUACAUACCUACUUACUAUCCAAACCAUCAUCAUGCAUUUUUCUCUUCUCGCGCUCCCCUUUGCCGCCCAGGCUUUCGCGGCGGCAUUGGCAACUCCUGGGCAGCCUGGAAAUAUUGCGGAGCGAGAUGCUGCUAAAGGAGAAAUCGAGUCGCGAGACAGCGGGUUCCAGAUCAACUACUAUACAGACGGUGGCUGCUCCUCUUUCCUCGUCGCUGUCUUCCCGCCCACCGAUGGUAGCUGCUAUGACUACUCAUACUCUGGCGACAGUAGCGCCAACAUCGCUAACUGUGAUGCUACGGGGGACUCCAGUUGCUACUGUAACUUCUAUGCGCAGUCAGGCUGCCAGGGCGCAGAGCAGGUUAUUGGGUACACCAGCGACGACUGUGCCUCAAACUAUGGUCAUGGUUUCCUCUCCAUGGCGUGUUACUAUUAAGAGUUAGGAUAGUAUAGCAGUUGAGAUGUUGAUUCUCUGCAGGAAUAGUCUAGGUGGAGGAAUAGUCUAGGUGGAGGACUAGUCAGGGGCUCGCGGACGCUCUUUCGAUGACGGUACCUGAC